GUCCCCAGUCGUCCCCCUGCACUGAUAUCAGUCGCGACUCGAGCGAGGGAGCCACAACGUGUGCCCCUUGCGCUUACCGAAUACUCUGACUCCAGUGAGCUGGUGAAAACGCGAUUUGUUACAUCAAAAAUAUUUAUCGUACGUACUUCUUCAUUCCUCAGGUUGUGCCCUAAAGAGUUGAUUCAAGUGCUUGGAAUUAUACUCACCUACUCAUCUUUAAUAUUGAAGUGUAUCAAAAUAUCAGAGAAAUCGGACGAACGCCAGAGACUGCGACUCAUUGUUUUUCUUAACAUCGAAGGAUUGUUUUUCAAAUAGAAAGGAAAAUGGGGGAGAAGACGUUCAAUUUGACUUGGAACAAUCACCUGGCGAAUCUCUCUGGGCUGUUCGAGGGACUCUAUAAGAGUGGAUCUCUCACAGACACGACACUGUCUUGUCAGGGGGGUAUGCUACGUGCACACAGACUGGUUCUGGCAGCAUGUAGCCCUUAUUUCGAGAGGGUUUUCAAGGAGCAUUAUGGAGAACAGCCGAUUCUUAUUCUUAAAGGUGUUCCGAUCGAGGAAAUGGAGUGUCUCUUAGAUUUCAUGUAUCGGGGUUCCAUAAAUGUUGCUGAGGAGCACUUGCCGUCUCUGAUAAAAACUGCGACAGAUCUUGAAAUUCGCGGUCUCUCUGGAGACCAUCGAAGUGAAAGCAACAAUGUUUACUCUAGGGUUGAGUCGCGGGGUCAGGCGUGCCAGGUGGAGACUAGACUGCAUCAGAUGGAGUUCAGGAAAGCUCAUGCUAUUCCGUUCUUGUCGAAAUCGGGCUCUGGUAGUUCUGCAGUUAAUGAUGUCAAGCUGGAGGAGAUUGAAGUUGAGGAUGAUCCCAUGAUUAUGGAGGGACAUGAAGAAAGUUUUGAAGAACCCUUGCCAUUGGGGAAAGAGCAAAUUAGACACAUACCACCACCUAUGUUCACACGUCAAACUCGGUUUGACGGACAGAAACGUGGAGUUAGUCGUGUAAUGAAGGACAACGAAAAUAUGGAUAGGAGACAUCAGGAGAAUGACGAAGGUUAUGACAACGAAUCGGAGUGUAUGAAGUCUGAGGAGACAUUCAAUAGUAAUCAAGAUCCAACAGUGCCAGCUAUACAGAUGAAUGAAGACUCGAUGGAUCCAGGCAGAUCGAAUGGAAAUUCACCCCUCGAAGUAAAUAUGGAAGAAAUACCGAAAAGACCGGAAAUCAGAGACAAUACCGAUUCCAAUAAAACGGUAACCACCCCCGGAAGUACCUCGAAGGAUCGUAAAGCGCAGACAAAGAAUAAAGCACAGUAUAAACCGUUCCCAUGUGAUCUCUGUACUUUGGCGUUCACUCGAGCUUCUCACCUUGCACGACAUCGACGAGUUCACACUGGAGAGCGACCGUUUGCCUGCAGUCUUUGUCCACGUAUGUUUGCACGUCAAGACAAACUCAAACAGCACUUGGACUCUCACUUACAGUGGCCAAAACGGAAGGCACUUGGCCUUGGUGGAUCGCACCAGCAACAGCACCAGCAUACGUCAUCGAGUUUAAUUGGCAAAGGAAAACGUGGAAGGCCAAGAAAGGUUGCGAUGGGACACUCCGCAAUGGAAGAGAUUCUCAAAUUCGGAGAAUUCAGCUCACUCCUGAAUAAAUCAUCGUAUUCAGCCGAUAAAAAUUAAAGAACCACAGAUAUGAUCAUAAUUCAAGGGAGAAUGAAAUUGAAGACCCGCGAUCUGUCGGAAGAGAUGCUCAAGUUGACACUGGAGUGAACAUUGAAUAGACGAAUUGUUCGGGUACAAUUUGUGUUUUAUUUCUUCCUCUUCCACUGUGGUUACACCGAGAGGAAAUAAUGAGUACACUAAAAGCAUUUCUGGGGUUGAUCAAUGUACGUACCUGAAAUUUGUGCUGAUACGAAAAUCCGAUAUCCAAGGUCUCCCAAAAUUUCAGGGAAAUAUUGGUGACGAAAGGUCUAAUGAAAUCUCGAGUUAUUAAUUAAUAAGGUGUGGCCAAUCAACUUUUUUUUUCUAAUAGAGAAAUCAUACACCUAGAGAAAUAACACAUUCGUAUCAAAUGAGACUGUUUAUUUUGAAUUUUCCUAUUCAUUUCAGCGAAAUGUUUGUUGAAAAUAAAAUCUUAUAUUUAUUUUCAUAAAAAAUGCUCUAUUGUAUUCAAAUACACAAUUUGUUCAAUCCAAAGAAAGGAUUAUUACAAAGAGAUAUUUAAUUUCUAACUAAUAAAGUCUUUAUUUUUAUUUUUUUUAAUCACAAACACUGGUUGAUACUAGAAAACCUAUUUAUUUGAAGUGAAUGAAAACGAAAAUAAAAAUAAUGUUCAAACCUGAACAAAAGUUUUAUUGCAAGAUAUUUGGAUGAACCCAUUUAUUUGAUUUAAAUAAAGUUUAUUUGAUUCGGAUAAGCCAUUUCUCUGGAUGUAUCCUUCUUUCGAUUCUAGGCAUUGACCUAAAAGCAUUGAACGUUUAAUCGAUUCUGAUCAAUAACACAUACGUUAUAAUUAAUGCGUUAUAAUUAAUAACGCAUUAAUAAAACGGAGGAGAUAAACAUUUUGUCAGAGCUUUCUGAACUGUACUAAAAAGAUUUUCCUUGCGUUUUGGGACAUCCUGUAGUAUAUUGAAAUUCAAUCGAGCUCCAAAUAGUUCAUUGAAAAAAGCGAACUUGACCAAAAUCGUUUUGAGAAAGAGAAACAAGUGUUUCAAUCUCCAAAUGAACCAAAGAAACAUUAGUAAAUAUUUUGUCAUACGCCAUAACGUCAAGUACAAAUCUCCAAAUACUGAGAGAAAAUUACAUUGUUUGUAAGUGUGUGUGGCCGUGAGAAUAUAAGUAAUUUUUUUUCCAUCUCAUCCGUAGGGAACUAUCCCAUUUUUUUCUUUUUUUUUUCUGAAAUAUUGAGUUGAAUACUUUUUGUUUGAGAAUCGGUUCUUAUGAGUUAUAAAUCGUCCUCGGACGUUUGUUGUUGUUGUAAAAAUACAUUUUGUUGAUUAAAUACCAUUAUUGUUGCUUACGCAUUAAGUUACGGAUAUUAGUUGAUUAUGAAUCAUGAGAAAAACGUGCAAUUACACGAUUAGUGUCAUUACUUAGAACAUUUGUGUUUUAGAUUAAGAGAAUUGGGUGAGAGAGUGGAGAAAACUUAGCCGAAUUUUGGAGUUUUAAGGGUUGUCAUUGAUUGAUGUGCAAUUAUUGGUAAAUCGACGGAUUAUGAAUACGGAUGAAUUUCAUAUCGUAUUGUACAAUUGUGUAGUAUGUGUAAAUAAAUGAUUUAAAAAAACAGA